CCUAACGUGUAUAUUUGUUAUUUAGUUUGCGCAAACUUACUGCCAAAAUGGUGCUGUUGGCUUCAGCCGUAUGCACAAAAACGGGAAAAACCAUCGUCUCUCGACAGUUUGUUGAAAUGACUAAAGCGCGGAUUGAAGGUCUACUGGCGGCGUUUCCUAAGCUGAUGUCGACAGAAAAACGUCACAUUCAACAUACAUUUGUUGAGACAGAUUCUGUGCGAUAUGUAUACCAACCAUUGGAAAAACUCUACAUGUUACUGAUCACUACAAAGACUAGUAACAUAUUAGAAGAUUUGGAAACAUUAAGAUUGUUUUCAAAAGUAGUUCUGGACUGUUGCAAGUUAGUCGAUGAGAGUGAAGUAUCAAAAAAAUCUUUUGAUUUAAUAUUUGCUUUUGAUGAAAUUGUAGCCCUUGGAUAUAGGGAGAGUGUUAAUUUAGCACAAGUAAGAACAUUUGUUGAAAUGGAUUCUCACGAAGAAAAAAUGUAUCAAGCGGUACGUCAAUCACAAGAGCGUGAUGCUAAGGUUAAAAUGCGCGAGAAAGCAAAAGAAUUACAACGACAAAGAAUUGAUGCUGUCAAAAAGGGUGUUCGUAUGACAGCACCAUCAAGCUCUUACAUGUCAAUGACACCAGUUGCAGAUUCAAUUUACGAAAUAAAAGUAUCCAAACCCGAAACACCAAAAUACACAUCAACCAAUAAAGCUUUAAAAUUAGGAGCAAAAUCUAAAGAUGUUGAUUUGUUUGUUGAUCAAUUGAAAUCUGAAGGUGAAAAAGUUGUUAGUAAUAAC